UUUCGUUUCAAUCACUGAAUGCAAAUGCUGAUGGGGCCACUGUCUCAUGCAAGGAUCAAACUGCUGCUUCUAGUUUCAAUAUUAGAGAUAUUGCAUAUUCAAUUCACUGCUACACCAUCGAUAUAAUGGGAAUCGAAUCGGUGUAUGUGUUGGCUGUCCCAAAAGAAGGACAUGCAAUCAUUGAUCGGAAUUACAAGGAAAAGGGCUUGAUAGUGUUUGUGGCAACAAUGGUGACUAUAUUCAUAGCUUUCUUCAGUUUCCUAUACGUAAACUGCAGAGCCUUUAGGCGAGAAAUGCAUUUGUGUGCCUCACUGAUCAAACAGUGUGAAGCCACCCAACAGGCCGAGAAAAAGAAUAUGAACAAGAGCACCGCUUUUGCGAGUGCCAGCCAUGAUGUUCGUGCUUCUCUCGCAGGGAUCACCGGUUUGAUAGAGAUAUCUUCAGAAUUGGUUGCCCCCGGUUCCGAAUUGGAGACCAAUCUCAAACAAAUGAAUGGUUGUACCCAAGACUUACUAGGACUGUUGAAUUCUAUACUAGACACAAGCAAAAUUGAGGCAGGAAAAAUGCAACUCGAAGAAGAGGAGUUUGAUGUGUUCAAUCUCUUAGAAGAUGUAGUUGACUUUUACCAUCCUGUGGCUGCGAAGAAAGGUGUGGAUCUGGUGUUGGACCCUUGUAACGGUUCUGUAGUGGGAUAUUCACGGGUGAAAGGUGAUAGGGGAAAACUAAAACAAGUUCUGAGUAAUUUACUGAGCAAUGCUGUGAAAUUUACCGAUGAGGGACAUAUAGCGGUACGCGCAUGGACUCGGAAGCCAAAACUACUGCAGAACUCCACAGUCACUUUUAGCAAAUUUGGUUUCAAGCAAUAUUUAUCAUGCUUAUUUCGUAACAAAACCGAACCACGUAGUGACGUGGAAUCCACGCGUUCAAUCCAAGAAGAUCCUCAUUCUAUGGAUUUUAUAUUUGAAGUGGAUGACACGGGAAAAGGAAUUCCUAAAGAGAAAUACAAGUCUGUUUUUGAGAAUUACGUCCAAAUCAAAGAUACUGCUCUUGGCCAAGGGGGAACUGGUUUGGGACUCGGGAUUGUUCAGUCGCUGGUGCGUUUGAUGCAUGGAGAUAUUGAAAUUGUGGAGAAGGAUACCGGUGAAAGAGGGACAUGCUUCAAGUUCAAUGUGGAUCUCAGUGUAUGUGAGAAUGAGGGAGUGUCAGAUGGUAGCAGAAGGGAGGGUGUUGGUUGUGGAUCAGAAGACAGAAUAAUAGAAUGUGAGGAGCAGCAGACUAUGCAGGCUUCGUGUUCUGGUUCUUCUAGAAUUUGUUCCAUAAGUCCUAAGUUACGAAUGUGCAGCUCAAGUCCAAAGCCUGAGGCUUCCCUUGUGGUUCUUUUGAUUGUUGACAAAGAGCGCCAAAGGACUUCACGAAGGUUCAUGGAGAGGUUAGGGAUCAAAGUGAAAGUUGUGAAUACAGGGAAAGGUUUGUUUUAUACUCUGAGGAAGAUCAACCUGAAGGCUAAGCAUUCUAGUGGCCAAAAUUCUCCAGCUUCUUCGGAUAUGAGUCAAUGGUCUACACCUCAAAGUUCUCUCGACAUAGCCACAAGAGUUUCUUUGAGUUCUAUGGAUGGAACUGAGCAUAUGCCUUUAGUUUUCAAGAAAACUGAUGUGGGAGCUUCUCCCGGCUUCAUCCUUGUUGUGAUUGAUGCAAAUGCAGGACCCUUUUCUGAGCUUUACACGAUUGUGUCCAACUUCAAGAAAGACAUUCGCAACCCGUGUAAGGUUGUGUGGUUGGAUAAGCCCUUUAUGCGUAGAAUAAACUUGAAGGCCCUUAGUCAAGAUGACAUCGUCACAUCCAAACCAUUUCAUGGUACUCGUUUGUUCCAAACCAUAAAGCUCCUUCCUGAAUUUGGAGGUUCUUGGCAAAGCAAUUCUAGUAGAGCUAAGAGGGAAAUGGCCAAUGAGAGAGCUACAUUGAACACUUACAAGGAUCCAGGUUUGUCAAAAUACACGUCUCCUCUGCUGGACAGAUCACACGUCAGUUCUUCAACCGACGAAAGUACAUUCCAAACCGGUGAACAAAUUUUGAAGGGAAAACGAUCAUCGAAGGCAAAAAUAAGUCUUGUUCAUCAUGGAGAAACACAAGAGAUUGGAAACUCAUCAGGGUCUCAGAAACCCUUGAGGGGUAAGAAGUUUUUGGUUGCUGAUGACAGUGCAAUUUUGCGCAAUAUAGCUUCUGCCACUCUGAUUUCUCUUGGUGCAACCGUGGAGCAAUGUGAGAAUGGUGAAGAAGCUGUGAGGUUAGUUGAUGAGGGUCUACCUCGGGAGUUUCCUAAUCCUCCUUACGAUUAUAUCUUAAUGGAUUGUCAGAUGCCAAUAAUGGACGGUCUUGAGGCAACAAAGUGGAUACGAAAGAUAGAGAAAGCUUAUGGUGUUCGGAUUCCUAUCAUUGCAUUGACUGCUGGAACCAGAAAGAAUAACGAUAGAGAGUUGGAAAUGGGACUAUCAUAUGGAUAA